UUAUACAUUAACUGACGGAACUAUUCAGCAUCUCAGACAGUUUUUGUUAAACCCACCUGUAUAUAUAUUUAUUAUGGAAUGAGUGGAGUUGGAACUUAUCCUAGAAACAAACUUCAUUAGAAUUGCCUAAAUUGCACAAUAAGUGUAGCAAAUAAACACUAAUAUUCAGAGCAACUUGCUCAAACAUUCAAACCUUGGUGCCAAAAAGGAAAUAGUUGACCAUAGGGCCGUGGACCAUAGCCCCACCCCCCUCCUAACAAAUACCUACUCUGCUUCUGCGCUGACAACCACUUUCUGUGCACUUCUCACACUCACCAUCACCGCUUGUCACGCACCUUCUCCUCACCUGCCUCUGACAGAGUAAAAGACACAGAGAGAAGAGGGGCUGAUCUAACGUCUGAUGAAAAUGAUUUUCUGGUUUGCCCUGCUGGUGUCCCAAAGCACCUUGAAUGGAGCUGCUGCAGAAAGCACACAGCUAGAGAGGAUUGCCAGCUGCCACACCAGAUGUUCUAAGGGACUCAACUACAGAAUCAAGCCAGAUUAUUGGUUUUCUCCUGGGUGUCAAAUCCCCGCUGAAGGUCUCAGCUCAUCUGUCUUCCAACACGUGAACAUCUCCACAGUCAUGAAGUGUGAAAGGAAACAGAAGUGCACUCUACAUUUGAAAGUCCAAACACUUUUACUACUUUCCGAAUCAAUCCACGGCGUGUCGUUUUGCACAGUCAGUGCUGGAAUGAUGACAGACUGCCAAAGCGUAGUAUUCACAAAAGCAUCGAGGAAAAAACUGUCCAGAUUUCCGGUGACAGUUGAGAAUGAUUGCACUGAAGUCUCUCCAAACCAACAACUGCAAGUAACGGUGAAAACUAUACCAGAUUACUGCAACAUAAGCUGGACGACCACCUAUCUAACUCCUGAAUGCAACAGUGAAGAUCUUAGAAUGAAUGUCCCAGAAUGCAUCACGGGUAGGCUAUCAUAUGUUGAGAACCCAGAGAAGAAAGAAUUGGAAAUCCAUGUGUCAGACAUGCUUGAAGGCCACGACUACCAUCUCCGGCUGUGCCACAAGGAUUUCAUCUGCCUUGGAACAGGGGCCAAAACUCUGAUGCAUAAAGAGAAAUCCAAUAAGAGCGCCAUCCUUCAGUACUCCCGACCUUUACCAUGCCUUUGUAUCGAGGGUUGGUCGGCUGUGAUGGAUGCGCCUAGAGUCCAAGUCUGCCCUUUUAAAGAUCGUCUGGAGGAAUUGUGGUUCAAAAUAACGUUUGAUUCAGCCGAAGAGGCUUUAACAUGGAAGCCUGCUUGUCCGAUUUCUGCUGUGGCUGGAUUAUGUGAGAAAAGAGAAGAUGGGAAUUGCAUGGACCUGCCUGAUUCAUUGCAGAAUGUCAGCAGAGAAAGGUUGACGUUUGCUAAAGUGGAUCCACACCCUGACCUUUGCAUGAAGUUUUCUGUAGGAUCCCAGUCCUGGAUCCGAUGUCCGUUUGCUGGAACAAUCAAAGCCUGGGAGGUGGUCGUGACAAGAGAACAAGGACAAGAAGACCUGCAACUGCAGUCGAUGGUAACUGCAACGUUUUCUGUGGGGCUUUGCACGAAAUCUGGAGGCUCUUCAAAGUGCCAGACCACCAAAACAAAAACUGUGCAUGUGGAGGAACAGAAAGCUGUUAAUUUAGAGCUGACAGGGCUACAAUGCAGCUCUUGUGUGCAAGUGAAGAGGCUUGACGUGAAGUUCUCUCCCACGGCCGUUUAUUGUUUCGAGCAGUGCCUGUCCAAAUCCUCUCACCCAGAAGCUUUGAACUUGACCUGGGUCAUUCUGGUGACUGCUGCUUGCCUCUCUGGCCUCAUAAUUGUCGCUCUGGUGCUCCACAUUCUGCAGACAGUGCAUCAGAGACGGAAACAAAGCACAAGAGAUGCCUGUGGCUUGACUAAGCAAACAGAUCCUUCUUCGGAUUCUGUGGUCUCUACAUUUCAACCUAAAGCAGGGAGAGUCCUUGUGCCCGAUUCACCGCUGUGUGGGAAAAACGAAAAGGCCAACCUGAUCUCAUAACGGAUUCCAAAAUGGUGUUCUGGUCCAAAACAUUACUUGCAUUGUUGCAGUAUAAAAUUGUUACAAGAAAGCACAGUUCUCUUUUGUAUUCUUAAUGUGUUUGACAGAUGUUUCAACUGUUGUGUUGUUCACAGUAGAUGUGCUGGUUGGUAAGCUUGUUAUAGAUAAUGGCUGCUUUUUAAAAAUACAAAUACAUGUAAGUGCACACACACACACACACACACACACACACACACACACACACACACACACACACACACACACACACACACACACACACACACACACACACACACACACACACACACACACACACACACACACACAGUUUGUGCUGCGCCUUUUUUGGGAAGGUUAAUGUCAAAGUUUAUUUUAAGUGUAAUGUUCAUUUAUGCUGUUUGAAUACUUUUGUCUUUAUUUAAAUGUGUAUUUUCAAUAAAUUAAUACAUUCUGAACAGUCAGUUC